AUGGGCGUGAAGGGCUUCAACACAUGGUUUCGGAAGCAAUUCCCAGGCGCUUAUGUGGGAGUGAAACGACAUUACGACCAUCUCUACAUCGACAUGGCUUCUUACUUGCACGAAGAACUCAGGAGAGCCAAUGAUGUAGAUCACUUCCACAAGCUGCUUCAUGCGCGCCUGGACAAGACACUGCGGCUGGUGGAGCCUCAGAAGAGCGUCGUCUUUGCUCUGGACGGUCCUGCGCCAUUGGCCAAGCUCCUGACCCAGCGGUUGAGAAGAAAGAAGGAGGCGCAGAAGGAAGCGAAGUCCGGGCCGAGGCUGCUGUCCAGCCUGGGGUUGACCCCCGGCACACCCUUGAUGGCCAUGAUACAGGAGAGCCUGACGUACUACAUCUGCCGCCGCCUGCAGACCUCCGCGUGGCAGCACCUCCACUUUGAGCUGUCAGGAGCCACCGUCAAGGGCGAGGGGGAGGUGAAGAUUCUGUCGCGGCUGCUGCGGCCGUGGGCGGACGUGCAGCCAGAGGACACCCACGUGGUCAUUGCGAACGACUCCGACGUCGUUCUAAUGGCAUUAGUCACACCCGCGCGCAACGUAUUCGUCCUGGCCGAGCCGGGCCGUGUGGCGCGCCGCGGCGUUGCCUCUCUAGCGGCCGGCUCGGCGGCGGCGGCCAGCAAGAAGGGGCGGCAGGGGCGCGCGCGGGUGGCGGCCGGCGCGCGGGGCCUGCCCAUGACGAUGGGCUUCACCUGCUUCUCUGUCACCGCGCUGCAACGCCUGUGGCUGCACAAGCACCCCUUCCUGCGCGGCGCCACGUCACAGGAGACGGCGGAGCGGGUGGCACGGCUGCAGGUGGACCUUGUGAUACUGGCCAUACUGAGCGCGGGCAAUGACUAUCUGCCGGCGCUACAGGGCGGCCGCCUGCAGGGCAACAGCCUCUGGGAGAGCUACCUGACGCUCAAGGCCAAGCGUGACUCGUCCCACCAGUCUCUGGUGACAUGGGAGGGCAGCGAGGUGCAGCUGAAUGCGGCCUGCUUCACGGCGCUGCUGAAGGCGUGGCCCAGGGGGCUGAACCGGCACCGCUCGACAUCUGACGACGAUGAUGUCGUGGUGUACAAGCAGCCUGCAGACCCCCAUCGGUACCUGGAGGGGAUGGAGUGGCUCCUCAAGAUGUACCUGGAGGGAGAGUGCAGCGACUACCGCUUCACAUACGACGCCUACGCACCCUCGGCAUACCAGCUUAUCUCCAUGUUCCAUGCUAACGGCUCUCCUGAGGCGAGCUCCGCAGAGCCAGCUGAUCGACAGGCUGACGAGAGCGCUGACGGGGAGGUCCCUGUCGAUGAGGCUUCCAAUGCCCCUGCCCCCGCUCCCACACCCGUCAACAGUCAGGCGCGUCGGCUGCCGCGCAUAUCAGAAUCAACUGAAGCGCUAGCGCCGACGGUGUGCGCGAUGGCGCUGCUGCCGGGCGGCCUGACGGGGCCGGCCUACGCGCCGACGGCUCUGCGCCACCUCAUGACAGACCCGGACUCGCCGGUGGCUGACCUGUACCAGGAGUGCUCCGAGUGCCUGUCGCUCAGCCAGGACCGGUCCAGGUGCAACGUCGAGAGCACGGAGGCGCGGAAAGUGCUGGAUGCAGCAGUGAAGGCGCACGCCGUGGCGGAGGCCGCAGCGGCUGCCCACAAGGAAGGCCUGGAGGCCGCAGUGGCCCAGGCCGCACUGGAGGCAGCCAGCGCGGCUCUGCAGGAUAGCAAGCGCCGCGUGCAGGAGCUGAAGGACCGGAACAGGCGCGCCCUGGCGCUGGAGGCUGCGAGGGAGGACCACAUGCGGGAGAGGCAUCCGUACGCGCCGUUCCCUAUUGACAGGCUGCAGGCAGCGGUGGAGGCAGUGCCCCUGGACAGCUUCCCUGUCGUGGAGCGCGAUGCUGCCACCUUUGGACCUUCCUAUACAUUCUGGUACAGGAGGGAGUCUGAGGACAGAGCAGCCUCGUCAGCCUUCACACCACCGGAUUCGCCUUACGAAUCAGAGUCAGCCAUUGCAGAGCAGCCGUCGCGGAUGAUCGAGAGGGAGGAAAUACCAGAAGAGCUGCCCGAGCAGGCAGUGCCUGCAAGCAGUCAGCAGGAUGGCAGUGAGCAGGCGGCCUCCUCAGAGCAGCGCAACAAAGCAGCAGUGGAGGGUGCAGCAGAGCAGCCGCCGCCCGCGCUGCAUGCAACGAUGGGCAUGCGACACAUGCGCCGGAAGCUUUCCAAAUCGAUCCGCAAAAUUAAGCGGCAGCCCGGCUUGGCCGCCACCGUAGCGGCACCCAGCUCCCCCCUUCCCAGCUCUGCAGAAGCAGCACAGUCUGACCACAAUCCCACAGAAAACGGCGCCACACGUGGCGACUCCACUGCAUCUGAUGUUGAUGAUACCGAUGCCGGCUCGCGGCCAGAGGGGUCUUCAGAACAAAAGGCCCCACAAGAGCAGGUGGUGCACGUCGUGUCAGACAGCGGAUUGGUCAUGUUGCGCCCAGCGCGCAGAGCCAGCGCAGCAGCAGCAGCGUGCCUUCAACAGAGACCGUCCCAGCCGCUGAGCGGCUAG